UUCAGGACCCUGCACAAAGGACCCUCCCAGCAGGGAGCUCCCUCCGGCCAGGGCAGGACAGUAGACACUUCUGUGGCCCGCAGCCCACCCCCGCAUCUCCCAUCCAGUAGCAGCUUCCCCAGCAGGGAUCCUAGGGCCUUACAUAUGGCCCUCCUCGGCUGACACCUCCCCAGACCCCUCAACUGGACAGGACCUUAUGGACGCCAUGCAGGGGGCCCCGACACCCCUGUCUUCGCUGCUGCUGCUGCUACUGCUGCUGCUGGGGUGGGGGCCGCGGGCGUCCUCUGGCGGCGGGGCCGUUGGGGCGGCCGGCUACGCCCCCGUGCAGUACGUGCAGCCCAUGCAGAAAGGACCUGUGGGGCCGCCCUUCCGCGAGGGCAAGGGCCAGUACCUGGAGAUGCCUCUGCCGCUGCUGCCGAUGGACCUGAAAGGAGAGCCUGGACCCCCUGGAAAGCCCGGGCCCCGGGGCCCCCCUGGGCCUCCCGGCUUCCCAGGCAAACCAGGCACGGGCAAGCCAGGGCUCCAUGGGCAGCCUGGCCCCGCUGGCCCACCUGGCUUCUCCCGAAUGGGCAAGGCUGGGCCCCCAGGUCUGCCGGGCAAGGUUGGGCCACCAGGGCAGCCAGGGCUUCGGGGGGAGCCAGGGAUACGAGGAGACCAGGGCCUUAGGGGGCCCCCAGGACCCCCUGGCCUUCCUGGCCCCUCCGGCAUCACUGUUCCUGGAAAACCAGGUGUCCAGGGGGUGCCAGGGCCCCCAGGAUUCCGGGGGGAGCCGGGGCCUCAAGGGGAGCCUGGGCCCCCAGGUGAUCGAGGCCUCAAGGGAGAUAAUGGAGUGGGCCAGCCAGGGCUGCCCGGGGCCCCAGGGCAGGGGGGCGCCCCUGGACCUCCUGGCCCCCCGGGGCCAGCAGGCUUGGGUAAACCAGGUGUAGAUGGACUCCCUGGAGCCCCUGGAGACAAGGGUGAAUCUGGGCCUCCUGGAGUUCCAGGCCCCAGGGGGGAGCCAGGAGCUGUGGGCCCGAAAGGCCCCCCAGGGGUUGAUGGCGUGGGGGUACCAGGGGCAGCAGGAGUGCCAGGGCCACAGGGCCCAGCUGGUGCCAAAGGCGAGCCAGGGACCCGGGGCCCCCCUGGCCUGAUAGGCCCCACCGGCUAUGGAAUGCCAGGCCUGCCAGGCCCCAAGGGGGACAGGGGUCCAGCUGGGGCCCCAGGGCUCUUGGGGGACAGAGGUGAGCCAGGGGAGGAUGGGGAGCCAGGGGAGCAGGGCCCACAGGGCCUUGGGGGGCCCCCCGGACUUCCUGGGUCUGCAGGGCUCCCAGGCCGACGGGGGCCGCCCGGGCCGAAGGGAGAGGCAGGGCCUGGAGGACCCCCAGGAGUGCCUGGUAUGCGGGGUGACCAGGGGCCUAGUGGCCUGGCAGGGAAGCCGGGGCUCCCAGGUGAAAGGGGGCUGCCUGGGGCCCAUGGACCUCCAGGACCAACUGGGCCCAAAGGUGAGCCAGGUUUCACCGGCCGCCCUGGAGGCCCAGGAGUGGCGGGCGCCCUAGGACAGAAGGGUGAUUUAGGGCUCCCUGGGCAGCCUGGCCUAAGAGGCCCCUCAGGAAUCCCAGGACUCCAGGGGCCAGCUGGCCCUAUUGGGCCCCAAGGCCUGCCGGGCCUCAAGGGUGAGCCAGGCCUGCCGGGGCCCCCUGGAGAGGGGAAAGUGGGGGAACCGGGCUCUGCUGGGCCCACCGGGCCCCCCGGGGUUCCCGGCUCCCCAGGACUCACAGGCCCUCCCGGGCCGCCUGGGCCUCCCGGCCCCCCUGGUGCCCCGGGGGCCUUCGAUGAGACUGGCAUCGCAGGCCUGCACCUGCCCAAUGGGGGCGUGGAAGGCGCGGUGCUGGGCAAGGGGGGCAAACCCCAGUUCGGGCUGGGCGAGCUGUCGGCCCACGCCACGCCGGCCUUCACCGCUGUGCUCACUUCACCCUUCCCGGCCUCGGGCAUGCCUGUGAAGUUUGACCGGACUCUCUACAAUGGCCACAGCGGCUACAACCCAGCCACCGGCAUCUUCACCUGCCCCGUGGGCGGCGUCUACUAUUUCGCCUACCACGUGCACGUCAAGGGCACCAACGUGUGGGUGGCCCUGUACAAGAACAACGUGCCGGCCACCUACACCUAUGACGAGUACAAGAAGGGUUACCUGGACCAGGCGUCGGGCGGGGCAGUGCUGCAGCUGCGGCCCAACGACCAGGUCUGGGUGCAGAUGCCCUCGGACCAGGCUAACGGCCUCUACUCCACCGAGUACAUCCACUCGUCCUUUUCAGGAUUCCUGCUGUGUCCCACAUAACCCGCGGGGGACCCCGCCGCCCUGGCCGCGGCCUCUGUAGUGCUAGAGUGACCUUCUCAGUUACAACCUCCAUUUAAAGGCAAAACCCAAGGCGGAUGAGAGGCAGCGGCGCCUGCGGCUGUGGCUGUGGCCCGAGAAGACUGACUGGCUUUGUCCCUGCUGUGGACUGAGACUGUUUCUGGAAGGGGCUGGCCCAAGUUCCUUUCCCCCCAGUGACUGGGCCGUGUUGGGGCUGCAGCCCCUGUCCUGUCACAGGACCCUGCCUGGUCUCUGUGAGUCCUGGACUUGGCUGAGCUCCCUGCUCCAGCCCCGCUGAGACAGCCAUGUCUGCUGGCUCCCAGACGGCACCUGCUCAAGGAAUGGGACAUGGCCUCCCACACAGUCCUUGGCUGGGCUCCCCAGCUCCUGAGCCUCCAGCGCACGGCAGAGGGUUCCCGGGUUUUUUUGGUCUUCUCCAGGGGACAGGGUGUGAAGGGGACUGUGCAGGUGGCUGGUGCAGAUGCUGCCAGGACUGCAGCCCUCGUGGUGGUGCAGUGGCACCAGGCCAGUCCACAGCGGGCGUGGUCGGUGACCCUCUCUGCAGGCUCCCAAGAAGGAUCAACCCUUUUUACCGGUCCAGGCACAGCCACAGGGAAGGCAGCUCGCGGCGGGUAGGGCACGGAUCUGGGCGGGUUGGCAGCUCUUCAUUUAUCCCUGUGUCCCCAUCCCAACUCAGGCUCUGCCUAGCAUGAGGGCAGCACACAGGCCUCUAAGGACCGCCCCAGGUCACGGAGUGUAAGCUCGGGGAAGCGUCUGGAGCUGUCCAGAGCAAAUGGUGGCUUGAGGUAGGGCUGACCAUCAGCAAACCUGAGUGUUGAUCUGUGUUUUUCACCUGCCGGCAGGCUGCCUUGGUCACGCCCAAUGCCAGGGGACCCGUGCCACCCCUCGCUGAGGCUGCCCAAGAGGAAGGCUCUUGUCUGGCCCUGUGACCAGCAUGCACAUGAGCCCUGGGAUGCAGAAGGCUCCACUGGCCUUACCCUAAUAAGAACCACAUGGCAGGUAUCUGUGUACAGCAGCGGGGCUAAUCUGGGGGCUUCCUCUCCUUCCACCCUCUGGUUCCAAUUUCCUGCUCUCAGCAGGAUUAGGACCCAGGCAGCUAGGCUGAGAGAGAAGGCGCCAGCAGACCCCCUGGAGCAGUGCGCCCUGGGUCCUAAUACCGUUCUUCGAGGUCACAGCUCCUCUGCUGGAACAGGCAGGAUCCGGUGGGACACCAACCCCUGGGCCCCUCUUCCAAGCCGGGAUCAGGGCAAAGGCGGGAUGAUGGACAUCUUCCUGGAGGCUCUGGGCUUCUCCCCAGCCCUCUGUUUGUAGGUGAUCUGGGUGCAUCGCUCUGAUUUUGGCCAACUCCGCACUGUCCGUGCUGAAAAUGGAGGCCGACUGGUGACAGGCUAAGCUGUGGUCCCCUGAGGCUUAGUGCCAGCCCUCCUCCUUUGUCCACAACUUACUCAAAGGAAGCUGUUUGACAACUCACUUUAACUCUCCAAAGGAGAAAGCCAGAUCUGUCCAUGGCACUGGAGGAGAAGGUUUCGGCUGGGGUCCAUGGUGGGUUUCCUACUUCUUAACACCUGGAAGUGACUGAGGCCUCCAACGGCACCUGAUGGGGGUCCUUCGCUCAGCUGCCGCAUUCCCAGGGUCAGAGCCACAACAGUCCCACAUUGGGAAGGAGUUAGGAUGGGCGGAAAUCAAUUGCCUCUCAAUGGGACACCCCCCACCCCCGCCAAAAAAGAGCAGAGCUUUCACCAACCUCAACUGCUGAAGCCUGAGGGAGGGUGGCUGGCGUUUCUGGAAUGUCUAUGGGAUUUGAGUUGCAGGUGUUCACUUAGCUGACUAGCUUUGAUAAACAACGUCAGGUUUGAACUAUGAGAACUACAUUACCUUGUGCAUUUUUAUACUCUGAUUCCUAAUUUCUUUUUUUAAAGGUUAAGGUUUAAAUGUUUUCCACUAGUGAUUGGUAGAGGAAGCUUAGUUCUCCACAUACUUAUGUGUCACGCAAGAUUCGGGAAAAAUGCACUCGGAAAUCAAAGAAAACAGGACUUCUUUUUGAAAAGAAAAACAGUCUUGACUGUAUUGACACAACCUCAAUAAAACCUGUUGUACAAAAACA